UCAAGUGUUGAUGAUUUCAGGAGUUAGGGUUUUGUUAUAAAGAUUGGAAAAUAAAUUGUGGGCAGUGAGAAGAAGUAGUGUGCUCUAGUAUGCAGAAACUUGAAUCAGCUUCAAUCACCAAGGCAAGAAACAAUUUGGAUGUUCCCAAUUACGGUGCGAGUCAAAUGGGUCAAUUAUCUCAAAACAUGAGUCCCGAGAACAACAGGAGACCAGGUAUACCUCCUUCACACCCAAAUAAUCCUCUUUCAUUGCCUUAUUCACAGUCACAGAUGAUGGCGUCUCGUUCAAAUGCCAACUUGGGAGCAUCCCAUUAUAGGUCUUUGUCUCAAUCAUCCGGUUUUGAUUGCUUGCCUCCGCUGAGUCCGUCCAAUCCAUUGACUUAUCGUGAAUCACCAGUGUCUGAUACAGUUUCGAAUAAUGUGUAUAUGGAGGAAAGAGUUGGUAAUUCUCAUGGAUUAUCGAUUCCUACUCCUGUUAGUAGAGUUAAUGCUUCGAGGGCUGCUGAGAAUUUGCCUCCUCGUAAAGGUCAUCGGCGAUCCAGUAGUGAUAUUCCUCUAGGAUUUUCUGCAAUGAUUCAAUCUUCGCCACAAUUGAUACCGAUUGGGGGUAGGGGAAUAGUUGAGGUGGAAAAGCCAAUUCAGUUGGUGAAACGAGAAUCGGAAUGGAAUGCCAAGGAUGGAAGUAAUAAUGCAGAAGGGAUAAGUGAGAAGAAACCAGAGUUGGUGGAUGAUUUGUUCAGUGAAUACAUGAAUUUGGACAAUAUUGAUACAUUGAACUCGUCUGGUACCGAGGAUAAGGAUUUGGAUAGCAGAGCUAGUGGUACUAAGACAAAUGGAGGUGAAAGUAGUGAUAACGAAGUGGAAAGUCAUGCCAAUGGAAAUUUGACGGGGACUAGUUCAAGUGAGAAGAGGGAAGGUAUCAAGAGGCGUGCUAGUGGAGAUAUAGCUCCGACUGGUAGGCACCAAAGGAGUCUUUCAAUGGAUAGUUAUAUGGGGAAUUUUCAAUUUGAUGAUGAGUCAACAAAGCUUCCUUUCGGAACUCAACUUUCUCCUGGCAGUUCAAUUGAUGUGAACUUAGCUAAGGUGAGCUUGGAGUUGAACGGUGAAUUCAGUGAAGCUGAGCUGAAAAAGAUUUUGGCAAAUGAUAAGCUUGCUGAGAUUGCAUUGUCAGAUCCCAAACGUGCCAAAAGGAUUUUGGCUAAUCGUCAAUCAGCUGCUCGCUCCAAAGAGCGGAAGAUGCGAUACAUUGCUGAAUUGGAACAAAAGGUGCAAACUCUGCAGACAGAAGCAACCACAUUGUCUACCCAGGUUACAAUGUUACAGAGAGAUUCAGCUGGGCUUACGAGUCAGAACAAUGAAUUGAAAUUCCGUCUUCAGGCCAUGGAGCAACAGGCUCAACUCAAAGAUGCUUUAAACGAGGCAUUAGCUGCAGAAGUACAAAGAUUAAAGGUUGCAGCCGCAGAGGUGAGUGGAGAGACCAAUCUUUCAAGCCGCAUGGCUCAGCAGCUUUCAAUAAGUCAUCAGAUGUUCCAAAUGCAGCAUCAGCAGCCAAACCAAAUCAAUAUUUAUGAGUUACAACAGCAGGCCCAGUGUAAGCAAUUGCAGUCCGAGCAGCAGAAUGGUGAGGCUGAGGCUGCUAUCCGUGAUCCAAAGUAAUAGGCUUGUCAAGUCAAGUUUAUUCAAAUUGCAUAGUUUCUGAACCCCCGUAGCACAUAUUAUACUGGCUUCAGUAUUCCUUAUUAUAAAUAUAUAUUUUUUACAGAGAACUUUACCAUUGUUUUAUAUGUUCUGGUUGGUUUUUCGUGUGUAGACAAUGUAGAACUGAAGCUGAAUUCUUCGCUUGUUCAUUUAUCUUCCUUGAACAAUCUCCCAGUUUAUAGAGAAAUGAAUUAUGUUUAAUCGUAGUUAUGUCUGCCGUUGGCCAAUGAUGUAAAAGUUGAAACUAGUACUGGGGCUUGUUUUAAGAAAUGAAUGAAGAUAAUUGUAUUAUUUUCAUCCAAUUGAAGUUGGGUUUACCUUU